GAUUUCGUCGCAACACGACAGUGGUAAUCGUUACAAGGUUCGCCAUUUUGUCCGGAGAAGGCCCGGUCGGGUUCGGGUGAACGAGAACGGGGUGAAAAUAAUCGAACUCUGGUUCCACGAUACCGUCAAAAUCGCUUAGAUAAUGUAGGUAUAGGUUUGUUAAACGAGGCCUUUAGGAUAAACUCUAUUUAAUGUCAGUGAAUGAGCUAAAUGCUUGUUGGAGGUGCGAUACUCUUAGACCAAGGAAUUUUAGAGACAUUGGAGCAAAGUGAAUAUAAUACAGAAUGACGAUCGCUACAAGAGGGCAGGGGGGAGUCGGCAUCGAUCCUUCCGAAAGCCAGCAGAAUCCACAGAUGCAUAGUCCACCGGGUUCGCAACAAUUAGCAGACACUAUGUCAGGCCUUCAGCUAACUGAUAAUCCAAUAAAAACCGAGUGCGCCAGCGAGACGAGUACCUCCGUCGAGGAAGGAAAUCAGCAGCGCCUUGAGCCUGAGUUUCCGCAUGCAAAGCUCGCAACAUUAGAUGAAAAAAUAUCUAGUCCGAGAUGGGUUGUACCGGUUUUACCUGAGCAAGAGUUGGAGUGUUUGCUACAGGCCAGCAUUGAUCUCUGCAAAAAGGGAAUUGACGUUCAGAGCGAGGCGUGUCAACGCUUCUUUCGCGAAGGACUGACUAUCUCUUUUACCAAGAUUCUCACCGAUGACGCCGUCAACAGCUGGAAGUUGAAUAUUCAUAAUUGCAUUCAUGCAAAUUGUGAACGUCUAGUAGAACUAUGCGUUUUAAAAUUGGAUGAGGACUGGUUUCCUCUUCUUGAUCUUCUCGCCAUGGUCUUUAACCCGAACAACAAAUUCCAUACCUUUAAUGCGACGAGAAAUUCGGAAACAGCUCCACCAAUUAGCACGACUCCGGAUGAGGAACUUUACGCUCGACCGCCUUCGGAUUCUAGAAGUCCUCGUGGAUGGCUCGUAGAUUUAAUUAACAGAUUCGGUUCACUGAAUGGUUUUAAUAUUCUGCUUUCGAGAUUCCAAAGCGGUCGGAAUUUAACUGUCCCAGUGAUUUACGCAUUGCUCAGACCUUUUGGACUCUGUUAUGAGUUUCUGACUGUGCCCACGAUAGUCAAAUACUUAAUGCCGAUCGUAGUAAUGGUUCCUGUUAUUUUGGACAAUCUGACGGAUGAAGAACUGAAAAAGGAGGCGAAAAACGAGUCAAAGAAUGAUGCGAUAUCGGCCAUAAUCAAGGGCACCAAGUGUUUGGUCUCCCGUGUACCUCACCAGGAAGAUAUGAUCAAGAAUCUGGAAAUCUUAAGACUGAAAAUGAUCCUGAGGCUCUUGCAGAUUUCUUCCUUUAAUGGGAAAAUGAACGCUUUGAACGAAGUCAACAAAGUCAUCGCCAGUGUCAGUUAUUAUCCGCAUCGUAAUCCGACUUUGGAGGAGGAGGAGUGGCUCACUGCAGAACGCAUGGCUAAAUGGAUAAAAGACAACGGAGUACUGGAAAUCGUCCUUAGAGACUCUUUACAUCAACCUCAGUACGUGGAAAAGUUAGAGAAAAUUCUGCGCUUCAUAAUAAAAGAGCGAGCCCUAACUCUUCAGGAUCUUGAUGCCGUUUGGGCCGCCCAGGCUGGAAAACAUGAAGCCAUUGUGAAAAAUGUGCACGAUUUGUUAGCAAAAUUGGCCUGGGAUUUUAGUCCAGAACAACUGGAUCAUCUCUUCGAAUGUUUUCAGUCGAGCUGGAGGACUGCCAACAAAAAACAGCGAGAAAAGCUUUUAGAGCUGAUUCGCAGACUCGCGGAAGAUGACAAGGAUGGUGUUAUGGCACAUAAGGUCUUAAUGCUGUUUUGGAACUUGGCUCACUCGGAUGAAGUUCCUACAGAGAUUAUGGACCAAGCACUAAACGCUCACGUGAAGAUUUUGGACUAUUCGUGUUCGCAAGAACGAGACGCGCAGAAGACAAUCUGGCUUGACAAGUGUGUUGAGGAAUUGAAAAGUGGAGACAAGUGGGCACUUCCAGCUUUGAAGCAGAUUCGCGAAAUUUGCUGCCUCUAUGAACCUAAUCCUAACAUGGGCCACAGUCAACGUAGUCAUCAUGCUUUUUACAGGCAAGAAGUAAUAGAGCGUUUGCAAAAUCAACACUCGGUUGUGAUACUCGUGACGGACAGCCUGACGAAAUAUAUGGAGAAGGUGAGGCAAUUGGUAAAAGAAAACCCGGAAAUCGAUGCAAAUUCUUUUACGCCGGAUCAUCGGUAUAAUCACAUACUCCAAGUGCAAGAGAGACUCAAUUUUUUAAGAUUUUUGUUGAAGGAUGGACAAUUAUGGCUGUGUGCCGAGCAGGCGAAACAAAUAUGGCAGUGCUUGGCAGAGCAGGCUGUCUUUACCUCGGACCGCGAGGCAUGUUUUAAAUGGUUUUCAAAGCUCAUGGGCGAGGAGCCAGAUCUGGACCCUUCCAUCAACAAAGACUUCUUCGAGAACAACAUCCUUCAACUAGACCCUACCCUUCUCACCGAAAGUGGAAUAAAGUGCUACGAGAGGUUUUUCAAAGCCGUUAACUUCAAGGAGGGCAAACUUAAAUUGAAGAGAAGAACCUUCCUUAUGGACGACGUCGAUCUAAUCGGGACCGAAUAUCUCUGGCGAGUCGUGACUAACAGUCCAGAAGAAAUAGCGAGUCGCGGCAUCGAACUUUUGAAGGAGGUCAACACCAAUCUGGGACCACGCUUGCAGUCUCAAAUCCUUGCUUUUCACGAAACCUACAUUGCCGAAUGUAUGGAUAGAUUGAAAGCCCACUUCGAUACCGUUUCCGUCUUGAACAAACUCUUUGUCGACGGGAAGGAUGAGCGCGUCGAUCAGAGGGCCAACGAAAUCAAAAUGGAAGCGAUGAAAAUGUGUCGCGUUAUGAAAGUCCUUCAGGAAUACAUCAACGAAUGUGACACAGCUUUUUCCGGCGAGAGAAAAAUUCUACCUUUGCAUAGAGCGGCUCGUGGGAAAAAUCUGGCGCUUAUUAUUCGUUUUGUGAAUCCUGGAAGAAGUGCCGAUGAUAUUGACAUCCUUACCCACAGCAACGACACCUUGGCUUCUCUGAGAAGACAGAUCUUGAGAAGAAUCAAAGCCAGUGGUUCAAAUGUCAAGCUUGAUCUUUUCAUUAAUGGCGAGUCACUCGAACAGGCAGAUGAUAGGAAACUACUCUCUCAAAUACCUCUCCGCGACAAAACGACUCUCUCGGCGAAACUGAGUCAGGUUAACACAAACGUUCCAAGUUCGCCUGAGAGCAGUUCCGAUAGUUCCACAAGUUCGCCAUACGAUGCUCCGAAUUUGGGCGCAGAGAACAAUUUGCCGGGAGUCGUGAUGUCGCAGAGGUCGCAGUAUGCAACCUUCUUUUUCCAACUCGCUGAUCUUGGUUGCACUCUUCAGCAUGCGCAAUUGAGAGACGGUGCCAGAAAUUUACUGCAAUUAGUCCCACCCGAUACUUUAACGGUGACUCGAUUGCAGUGGCUUUUCAGCCAUUUCCUGGAAAAAGAACCCUCGAAGAAUCCGCACUGCAACGAACAGGCGACGAGUGUCGAAACGUUAUUCUUUACAGCGAGUCCGAGUCAGGUUUUGUACAAUCUGGAAGUAUUGUACACGCUGCUGAUGCCUGCCUUGGAUCCAAUGUCAGAGAGAGCCUCUGAUUUUCAGCGGAAUUUUAUUAGUAGUGGAGAGGCAGGUGUAAUUUUAGAGAUGCUGACGAAAAAUAAGUUCCUGCCGAAUGCUGAUGAGACGACUAAGAGGUCAGCCUAUCUGACGGUUCUCAAGUUGUGCAAGCUUUUGUUGACGGUUGUUGGUAAUGUGAUGGCCCUGGCGUUGGAUGAAGAGGAUCAGGGCAAUUUCUCAGAUAAUAGGGAUUCCCAGGCGCAUAAUAAUCGAAUCUCGGUAGCUGUCUUGAAGCAAGCAUUGCAAAGUGUGCCGAAUCUGAGCACCGAGUACAUGUUGAGAAAUGUGGCGGUACAGCUGGCACAGGUGUUUGCCUUGAGGUUGAUGUUGGGUGAGCCGGAAACGGACAGGUGCCGACAGUUGUUUAUGCAAGCACUCUCCUGGGAAUUGCCGGAUAUUGCGACAAUUCGGGCGAUAAUUAGACUUGCUUGGGCGGCUUCAACCGGGAACUUGAAUAACAUCAAUGCCUCGACGGAAGACCUUCAUGCGCUGCAUGAAGUGAAUCAGAAGGAGCAGAGAUCUUUGGACAAUAAUGAUGUUCUUGUGUGCAAAGAAGCUCUGGAGGUGUUGACAAUUGCACUAGUCCUGAAUCCUUCAGCCCUGGAUGCCCUGACGAGAGACCGAAUGUGGCAAAUAUUCUUCAUCGACCUCGUUCUGUUGAGUACAUCGAGAGCCGUGAGAAUAGCCGCCGCCGAGCAGUUUCUCUUGAUAUCGACCUGGUGCAGCAGCGGACAUCAGCCUUUACAAUUCGCGAUCACUCUUCUCUUCACCGUCUUGACCACCACUGUUAUGGAUAAUGCCAAGCAAAGUCACGAGUACUUCCAGCUCCUCUGUCGAUUGCUAAGUUACGCCCACAUUUCCUCCUGUCCCGUAUCGACUGCUGAAACCCUUUUAAACAUCGAGGUAAUUUGGUUAAAAAAGAUACGAGACAACGUAAAAGAAACUGGUGACACCCAAGUGGACGAGGCUGUCUUGGAAGGACAUCUCGGCAUCACCAAAGAGUUGUUGGCUUUUUUACCUCCAAGCAAGAAAUUUGAACUUGGCUCCGACGAAGCUCGAAGCAUCAAUUUAAUUAAGGAACUCGUGGAAGACUUCAUUUUUCCAGCCUCGCGUUUGAUGCUCCAGUUGCGUAGUACCGGGGAACUGUGUUCAUCGCAGGCUUGUCCAGUUUGUACGACGCCUCAAACAACAAGUGCUGCUUUCGACUUGCUCGUUGGCCUCUGCAUUGGCUGUGUCCCCAAUAUGAAACUUCUAGUCACAAUGCUCACCGAUAUGUUUUACUCCGAGAAGGAUGAGCCCCUCGUCGAAUGGGACUAUAUGCCGCCAGUGGGUCCUAGGCCCAUGAAGGGUUUCGUUGGACUCAAGAAUGCCGGGGCAACAUGCUAUAUGAAUUCGGUUUUGCAGCAGCUUUAUAUGGUCGAAAGUAUCAGGGUGGGACUCCUGGCUGCCGAGGGUGCUGCGACCGACUUGAAUGAAGAUUUCUCCGGAGAAGAAAGGGUCGAGGGUGAGCAAACAAUCGAGGCCAACGACAACGACACGAACGAGGAAAAGUGUGGAGCCGACGAAUCGAGGAAGGAAUACAAUAUCGGAAUUCUCAAACAGGUCCAGGCCAUAUUUGGACAUUUGGCCUACAGCAAACUGCAAUACUAUAUACCUCGUGGCCUUUGGAAACAUUUUAAACUUCAAGGCGAGCCGGUGAAUCUUAGAGAGCAGCAGGACGCUGUUGAAUUUUUUAUGAGCCUCGUAGAAAGUUUGGACGAAGCAUUAAAGGCUUUGGGACAUGAACAAAUCAUGGGAAAAAUACUCGGCGGCUCGUAUAGUGAUCAGAAAAUCUGCAAAGGUUGCCCUCAUAGGUAUUCUAAAGAAGAGCCCUUUAGUGUGAUAAGUGUCGAUAUUAGGAACCACUCCAAUUUAUUGGACUCGCUAGAACAAUAUGUGAAGGGAGAACUACUCGAAGGCGCGGAUGCUUAUCACUGUGAUAAGUGCAACAAAAAAGUUGUCACUGUGAAACGAUUGUGUGUGAAGAAACUGCCCCCGGUGUUAGCAAUUCAAUUAAAAAGGUUCGAGUACGACUUUGAGAGAGUCUGCGCCAUAAAGUUUAAUGAUUAUUUUGAAUUUCCUCGAGACUUGGAUAUGGAACCUUACACUGUUUCGGGACUUGCUAAACUUGAAGGAGAGGUAAUAGACUGUGACUACGAAGAGGCGAUUAAAGGAACUUGCACCAAGUAUCAAUUAAGCGGGAUUGUCGUGCAUAGUGGACAAGCGAGCGGAGGCCAUUAUUAUUCCUACAUUUUACAUAGACAAAACGAUGGCACAGCCAAAUGGUACAAAUUCGACGACGGUGAAGUGAUGGAAUGCAAGAUGGAGGAAGAGGAAGAAAUGAAAUCGCAAUGCUACGGUGGCGAUUACAUGGGGGAAGUAUUCGAUCAUAUGUUGAAGAAAAUGAGUUACCGAAGACAAAAACGAUGGUGGAAUGCCUACAUGCUUUUUUACACGAGGUUGGACGUGGAACCCAACUGCCUUACAAGAAGUGUCAACGAAUUGUCUCUCUAUACUAAACUAGGAGUAACGAAAAUGCCACCAGCGAUCGAGUAUAGCGUUAGGAAACAAAACAUCAAGUUUAUGCACAACAGAAACCAGUUUAAUGCUGAGUACUUCCAGUUUAUUAGGAAACUCGUCUCGUGCAAUACGCCCACAGUCAAUAGGCAAAACCCCAACGAGAAACUGAGUCCCGAAGCCGAAGAGCUCGAUAUGCUUUCGGUUCAGUUGGCAUCCAGAUUCCUCUUCUACACAGGUUUUCACACGAAGAAAAGUUUACGUGGCACGGCGACAGAUUGGUAUGACAUUCUAUGUCUUCAUUUGAGAAGCAGUAAAUCCGUUCGAUCGUGGUUUGCCCACAAUGUACUUUUCAAUCAUCCACACAGAUUUUGUGAAUAUCUUCUGAGUUGUCCUAGUACGGAAGUGAGAACAGCUUUCUUGAAAACACUCGUUUUAUUAGCACACUUCUCUCUCCAAGAUGGACCCUGUGUGCCUCCUAGUCUAAAUGCGCCUUCAAUACUCUUCGAUCCCAACGCAACGCUGAGUGAUCACUUAUUGCACGCAGUUCUUUCUCUCUUGCAUCGAGAAAUUUCCGAUCACGGUCGUCACCUUCCACAUUACUUCUCUCUUUUUCACACAUACGCUUCGCUUGGCAUCGAGGAAAAAGCUCAGCUCCUUAAGCUAAACGUGCCAGUAACUUUUAUGUUGGUGGCGAUAGACGAGGGUCCGACAAUAAAGUAUCAGUAUCCUGAGCUAACGAAACUCCACCAAGUGGUUAGUAUGCUCAUUCGAUGCUGUGACGUUUCUGCUAAAACGCAAUCGAGUCAGGCACAAUCUGGUGUCAUGCCUCUGCCUAAUCCUUACGGAGACAAGGACUGCCAGUCGGAAUAUAUAAUGCCGAUUCAGCCACCGGCUGCUGACAUUCUCUUCGUUAGAACAAGUUAUAUAAAGAAAUUAAUAGAAGACGCUAAUGUGACGGAAGAUACGGUUAAACUCCUGCAGUAUUGUUGCUGGGAAAAUCCACACUUGUCGCGGUCUGUCUUGAGCGAAUUACUCUGGCAAAUCGGAUUUGCUUACACACAUGAGCUCAGACAUCAUACAGAUCUCCUACUCGCUAUGCUCCUCAUGGAAGACUCGUGGCAAAAUCACAGAGUUCACAAUGCUCUCAAGGGCGUUCCUGAUGAGCGAGAAGGUUUGUUCGAAACGAUCCAGAGGAGUAAAAAUCACUAUCAAAAGCGAGCCUACCAGUGCAUAAAGUGCAUGGUCCAAUUAUUUAGCAAAUGCAGACCAGCGCACUUACUUUUGCAUAAUAGUCCUGAUUUAAAAAGGAAAUGGAUUCACGCGAUCGAUUGGCUUCAGGAUGAACUUGACAAGAGACCGUACACAUCGGCAGCUCCGUAUACGCACGCUUACAAUCACGGAUGGUCUCCGCCAACUCAGUCCAACGAAUCCACGAAUGGAUAUUUUUUGGAGCGCAGUAACAGCGCAAAAAAGACGCUGGAAAGAGCCUUCGAACUUUGCCCCGAAGAAGAGCAAGAAGUCGAGGAACCAAGUGAGGAACGGGGUGAGGAAGAUGUGGACGAAGCCGAAGCAGAAGCUUUGCAAAAGAUUCAAUUCUUUGAAAAGUCUCUAAUGAAGCCUCGAAGGGCGGGCAAAUCGAUAGAAACAGAAAAAUCUCAAGCGGAAGUUGUUGGUCCGGAAAUGCAGGAGAACCAGCAGCAACCGCAACCAGGGCCUUCGCCGAUUCACACCUCAUACAUAAUUUCGCAUCCGGUUGAAGGACUGCAAAACUGCGACUCUACACAGUGGGAAAGAACAAGUUCCUACGACUGAACUUGUUCGUUAAAAAAAAAAUCCCACCAAUCGGUCAUAUUCCCGAUGGACGGACGCUAUGGUAACGUAUCGCAUUGUGCUGUACAGCAAUCACUUGUGUCAUGCGACGCCGCGAAAAAAUCCGCGAGCGCGAAUUGUGAAAAUGGCGGUUGAGCAAAGUUGUAUAAAUGUAUAGCGAAUAGUGUUAUCGGGUUUCCCGUCUCUGCCGAGUUGGAUGGAAUAACCAAGCACGACUCUCCGUAUACCUAUGUAAAUGUGAACAUACUGUUAUUAAUAAACACUUGAAUAGAUUUUCUAAAUAUCUUGAAAACCAGGCCAAAGUGAACGAAGUUUAUUGGCCCAUAAAUCAUGCACUGCUUUGUUGCCGUAGCACUCGAAUAACUUCUUAUCGUACGAUCUUCUUAUCGAAAAACUAUAAAGUAAAAAGAACAAAACAGAAAAAAAAUAUGAAAAAAACACCGACGAUAAUUUUGUACUUAAUCUGAGGCGAUAGGGCGAAAGGUCAGUUCGAAUUUUCCUUCGGAAAUGGCAUUUCUUGGACUAAAUUUUCACCCUUUUGUUUUAUUAAUGUUUUUUUUUUUAAACUUCGAAUCGAAUCAAGUCGCGGCGCGAGAGUGGGCAGAACUUGUUGAGAAUUUAAAUUUUAUGCAGGAACAAGAAACGGCAGGACAGUCGAGAGUAAUAAUUUGUAUCGUUUUUUGCGAGAAAUGGGAUGUUGUUACCGGAGCUGUGGUCCGUUUGCCAUUGGAUUUUAGUCCGAUUCGGAGAUGAUAAAACUGACCCAACAGCUUUCGACUGUCGCGCAUCGACCAUAGCUCUGAUUUAAUUUAUAACGUGUGUUAUAUAUAUAGAUAUUAUAUAAAUAUAAUUCUAUAAGGAAUAUCAAGAAACGAAGUCAUGUAAUAUUUAAAAGGCAAAGUGGAACGUAUAGGAACAAAUUUCGUGCUACUAAGGAAAUCAUCUCGAAGCACCAGGAGAUCACAUGAAGCAAAUUAAUAGCUGCUACAGGGAUUCGGUAUCGUGCGCCGAUACCCAAGCCUCAUUUGGAUAUUCAUGUACAUACACAAACUGCUUUUUAUAUGUGAUAAAGAAGAAGAAAAGCCGAUUAUUAUAUUAUACGAGACGAGCUAUUAUAUAUCCUGGUUUUGUACACAGACAGUAUAAUGCUAAGUUUUUUCUUUCGUUAUGGAGAGAAACCAAGAGUGAGAGAGGAAUUGGAGAGAAAGGCAGAGCGAGAGAGAUUUAUAGUUGACAUUUAUUUAAUAUUUAAAAAAAAUGUGGAUGAACGAAAAAUCGUCCCUGUGUCAUGAUACUAGUGUCAUUUUCUUAUGCCUUAGCAAAUAGUGCGGUUAAUGUUAUUAAGACACGACGAAGCUUUCACGCCCUGAUAAAAUAAAAUAAAAUAAAACUGUCUUACUUGUGUUGGUGAGAGUGAAAUACAUACAAUGUUUUUUUCUGAAAGGAAUGCCAGAUCGAAAGGAAUUUUACAAGCCCGGCAAAUGAGCAGAAGCGACGAGAGUGAAUUUUCCUCUUUGUUUUAGUGAAAGGAUGAUCAAUUUUAAGGAGGCGCUUUUUGUCUUAAUUUUGUUUUCCACUUGAGAUUGCUGGGACGAGAAAAAGUCGACUGCAGAAUUGGAACUGGAAAGUGACGAGCAAUCGAAGGCAAAUGAGUCAAGCACAUACGCCCGACGUUCUCUUUUUUUUCUCCAUUGACGAAAACUCUAGUCAAUCUCCGAGUAAGCUCAUCCUGGUACAAAGUUUUGAAAUAGACAAACGACUGUGGCUUCAAUCGCAGCGACUCAUUUGCCUUUUAAGGCAGCCGAAAUGCCAUUAGCGACUUUCCAAAACUAUGCCUUCUUGGUACGAAAAUUCGAGAGCAAACGGUGCGCGCAAUUCUCAAGCCUGACAGCGAGUCAUUUUUUGUUUUAAAUUAGUCAUUUUUUUAUAUUUCUAAAUGAUGUCUUGGAGAUAAUUUUAAAUCAAGCAUUGCAAAAUUAGACAACUUCAGAAUUAAUUGUGCAAUUUUUAACGAGUUUGAUUUAAAUUUAGAGGCUUCCAUGAAAUAUUUCAUUAAAUAUAAACGUUCGGUAUUUUAUAAAUUCAAAAGUUCAGAUAUGGUAUCAAGUAAGGUCUAUUAAGAGAAUCAUAUCCAUUAUUUUUUGUACAAAAGUAAUCACUGUGCACAUUAUUGAAGAUAGAAUCUCGCUGACAGGCCUGAAUUAUUUACCAAAGCAUAUUUUACAAUGGAAUGUACUACUUUGUACAUGAAACUUAAGAUUGUUCUGCGUUCUGUUUUUUUUUUGUUUUUUUUUUUUCAAUAAUUCGCUAGUCCUAGGCAGAGAAAUUGACGAUCAUGCGAAUCCCGACCCUUCGACUUAUAGUAAUUGCGACGAUAUUUCAACGGUUUUAAUCAAAUUCAAGUGAAAUCGCCGUGGAGGGAAAACGCGUGUCAUUAUUGUAAAAAAUCAAACAAAUAAACGAUUCAUGUAAAUACAUACAGUGCGAGUUGUGCGAACGGUAAACGACCCGAAAAUCUCGAAAACAUCAAGACACCACGAAAGAAAGUUCUUUCUUCCAUAUGAUACCAGCAGCGAUUCGUUUUGCGAACGACUAGUCUUUUGUCUAUAAACUUGGAUAAUCGUCAGUAACCACCACAAGGCUUUUAUAAUAUUGACGCGAAUCGGAAGAAGGGGAGGAUCAAAGAAAAAAAUAAGAGGAAAGAACUCGAGGCUGACAGAUUAACUAUUUUCUUGUCUAUUUGUUCGUCGAGUUUGAAAUUGAUUGAAUCGAUUGAAUUUAUUUCUAUUAGUAGUGUUUUUUUUUAAUUCGAGAUUUUGAGUUUGAAUGCAUGAUUAAACUUCGACUCGAGAAUCUGGCAAGUCUCGUUAGGUCCGCCCCAAAACUCUUUUUGCUCUUAUACAUGUACCACGUAAUCCCUCUGUAAAUAAUGAAAUCUAUAUUUCCAUACAUUAAUUGUAUCGAUCGCUUUACACUCGGAUAAGAAGCCACCGUGCUGCGUGCUAAGGAGGAAUAUAUUAUUAAUAUUUAAGUAAUCUCGAUUGCUGUCUUCUCAAGUAGUUUUGGGAAAUGUAAUUUAAAGGUUUCUUUUUUUAAAUUUUAUAUAGAAAAAAAUUUGUAGGAUUUUUAGAAUUUAGUUUGAAUUUACUUUGAAAGUUUUAUGGAAAAAGUCUUAUGAUAUCGAAAAUCGGUGCCUUGUAAUUUGUAAAUUGAAAAACUUUCAUGUUUAUGUUUACAAGUUUUAUUGAAUUGGAAAUUUUUUUAAUGUUAUACCUUACAAUUCAAAAGCUUCGUUUAUUUUUCUACUUUCGAUGCCUUUAAAAUGUUGAUACUUUGAAAUUAAGGGCAUGUGAUACUUGUCAUAUGAGCAGUUCAGUUUCUAAUUUAUUUUUCGCUGAAAAUCUUGGAAAAAUAAGACAUACUGUAAUAAAGUUUUUUCUGCAAAAUUGUUUGUAUUCCGAAUUGAAAAACAUUUGAGUUUCUAAUUUGAAAUAUUUAAAUGUUUGUUAUUAAAGCAUAAAUAUUUUUAAAUAUUCAAAUUAAAAAUGUGAAGAUUGUGUUUCUUUACUGUGAAGCAUUUGAACUUUCAAAAUAGGAAACAUAUUUUUAAAUUUCUAUAUCUUCAAGUUGAAGUUUUCAAAUUUGAAAUACAUCUAAUUGUAGAAGCUGUUAAAUUUUAAAUGUAAUUAUUAUGUAAAUGUAUAAAGCGUUUUAAGUGUUAUACUUCCAAAUUUCAGACUUUCUUGCAAAUUUAAUAUAUCCAGUUUUAUUGCUUUGAAAAUGUUUAAAAUUAUGCAGAUAUAUUUAUUCCAAGUGAAAUUUGGAUGAAACUCUGAAUUCUUUUUUCUACUUUCACAACUCUUCAAGGAUUUUGUUUUCGAUGCCAUGAAAUGAAAAGAAGUAUAUAGAAAUCGAAAAAAAUUACAUUUCCCAAAGCUCCUUAAAUUUGCCGUGCACUUUGCAAGGGGUAAUUUUUAGACUAUACAGUAAAGAACACAUAUUAAGACAAUUUUGAUCUUAAGAAGAUCCUAGAGCGUUCCUAAGGCGACGAUACGCGUGUAAGCGCAGAACUAGUAACGGACGAAAGUGUAGUAAAAAGGGAUUAGCGUUUGGUUUGCGGUUUAAAUAACUUUAUAUCGUUGUUACCAUUGAUCUUGAUUCGAUGCGAUCAGAGAAUAACAUUUAUUCUGUGCGUAUCCAUCAAUGAAGAGGUCGUUCACGUUUUGGUUAUACAUUUAAGCAGACUUUAGCACUGCGACGAUCUUUUAGUAACCCGCCUUUCAUUCCACUAACUCUCAAAUAAUGAAAAAAAAUUAUGAAUAAAUUAAAAAAUUAAGACUGUACUGAUUUUAAAUCAAAAAUUUUAAUUAAAAACAACAAAUUGUAUAUUUUUAUAAAAUGAUGAUUCUAAAUUGUAAAAGUUAAUCAAUUUUUAUACCAAAAGAUUAGUGUAUUAUUUAAAAAAAAAAGAAAAAGAAAAGACAGAUGAUUUGGUAGAAGGAAAGGCGUGGAACUGAAUUCCUUUUUUCUCUGUUUUUUAAGGGUCCUAUAAUUUUUUAUCAAGCCAUACAAGGUAUGACUGGUAAAAUUUCGUUGAAGCAUGUACUGCCGACGAUUGGCGAUAUAAUAUUAUAAUAAUUUAAUUAGAGAAGAGUUUAGAGGGGGAGGGGGGUGAGGAGGGAAUUGCGCAGCGACACGUGGCUUCCGCCCAGCAAUCAUCGUCCUUGUGUAGAUUUUUUUCCCGUUAAAAAAGUGAGUCUUAAGGGAACGUGUAAAAAAAAAGUAUAAUUACGUCAUUUUUGUAACAUUUGUUAAUAGAGCGCAUUUAUGUACGCAUUUUACUUUGCCUGGAUAACCUCGUUAGGCCGGCCCUGCAACGCCUGGCGUUAUUAUUAUUAUCAUUAUGAUUAUUAUUAAUUAUUAAUUAACGCAUACAGCAUAUAUAUAUUUGCAUUCAUUACUUGUCGAUAUGUUAUUGAUAUCGUUCGCAGUUACUAUUCUUCUACUAUUUAUCUACGACAGUUUAUCAUUGAUUGACGAAUGCAAGGGUCGCAGGUGUCGGCCAAAAGGUUUUAUCUCCAGAAUAAGUAAGCCUAUUUAUUUUGGAAACGAAACCUUAUAGCGUUUGUGUAUUAUUUCUAACGAAUGUAAUAAAAAUGUUAAAUCAA